AUGACGACUCAGACGCGCAUAGCAACUACCUCUUCGAUUGCUCUGAGAGCGGUCUCAUACCUCUUUCUGAGAUGGUUUCCGGGUCCCGCUGCUGUACCCUUGAGCAUCUUUGCGCUUUUUGCAGUCUUUGCACCUUCCUUCGUCUCAGGAUACAUCAGUGAACCAAAGUACGAUGUUGUGGAGGAGGACGUCAAUGUCACUGUGAAAGAGCACAUCUCGGAAGGUGAACCAGUCAACGACCAUGUCGCUGCUCAGGAGGUCCGGAUCGAAGAGACCUUUACCGUCAAGGACAAGGCCAGUCCGUGGAAGACCCUUCUUUUUGGAACGCCUAGCUCUACCAGUCCUGUUCUUUCGGCUCUCACAUUCCUAACCAAUGUCAUCUUGGUUGCGAUGACUGCCGACUUCCUCCUACGCGUUCGUCACUAUCAUCCAGUCGACGAUUUGUCAUUUGUGCGUCUCGGCUACGUCUCACCUACCGAAGCCAAAUUCGUUUUGCGCGAGCCCGAUCAGACCAAAAUGCCUGUUACUCUGGAGAUUCACAUCAAAGAUCCGCAGCCGCCGUUCGACAACCCUCUUUGGCAAGUUGGCGGAGGAAUGAGAUACACGGACAACACAACGGACUUCACCACGACGCUCACCAUCCCCCUGAAGCACUCGCAGCAGAGAGUUUACGAGUGGCGUACCUCCAACAAUCACAGCGGCGAGUUCGUUGCGCCUCCGAGAGCGGGUCAGAUGUCGACCUUCGCGGACAACAAGUUCACCUUCCUCUCGACGUCGUGCAUCCUUCCACGGUUCCCUUACAACCCCUUCGAGCAUCCCCUUGCCAUCCCAGGCAUGCGACAUCUCGCCAAUGUGCUGCCGAAGCUCCAGGCUCAGUUCAUGUUGUUUCUAGGGGAUUUUAUCUACAUCGAUGUUCCCAAGCGUCAGGGCAAGAACGAAGAGGACUAUCGCCAAAAGUACCGACACGUCUAUGCCUCUCCGGACUGGGCUCCCGUUGCGCAGAACCUCAGCUGGAUCCACGUGCUUGACGAUCAUGAGAUUGGCAAUGACUGGUCGUCCAACACAACGGGCGUGUACCGUGCAGCCAUCGAGCCGUGGCAUCACUACCAGGAGCUCGCAAACCCCCCUCCAGCGCGUGUUGCCGGAACUAGCAACCUCCGAAGAGAGGGUGCGACUUACUUUGAAUUUGUUCAAGGGCCGGCAAGCUUCUUCAUGCUCGACACCCGCUCAUACCGAUCCGACAACGACCUUCCCUUUGAUAGCCCAGAGAAGACUAUGUUGGGUGCCCACCAGCUUGAGGAUUUCCUUGAUUGGCUCAAUCGACCAGAACCAAAGGGCGUAAAGUGGAAGAUUGUAGCUUCGUCGAUCCCACUAACCAAGAACUGGCCGAUCAACCGCAAGGACACGUGGGGCGGGUUUUUGUUUGAGCGACGCAAAGUUCUCGAAGCGAUGUGGGACGUGGGCGCAAGAGGCGUUGGUGUCAUCGUUGUAUCGGGCGAUCGUCACGAGUUCGCUGCUACCAAGUUUCCCCCGCCAGCAGGUGGAAGGUGGCCCGAGACUGCUGCCGCGCACGAAUUCUCGUGCAGCCCUCUGAACCAGUUUGCCUCGCCUCUUCCCAGCUACAGACAAAAUGAUGAUGAGGACAUUUCCCUAAAGUACAUUCACUCUGGCAACUCUAAGUUCGGCUCUCUCACCAUUGAGAACCUUGCCGAGGGGGAACAGAGCAGUCUCAAGUACAGCCUUUACAUCGAUGGUGAGGUGGCCUGGAAUACCAUGAUUCUAUCGCCUCCUCCGGUCAGCGGAGAGAAGACUUCGGCUUCGUUUUGGAACAAGUUGAAGGGAAAUUAG